AUGUCUUACGUCUUCACAGCAGGGGACCUGGGAAUGACAUCUGUGUGUGGCAUCCGCCCCGUUCCCGUAUUCCACUGCCAUACUAUUAACAACAGACGUGACACCGCCGUAAAUCACCUCAAAAAGUUGCAUUUUUUGGAAUCCUCCUUACUGCACCCACUUAUCGAUGUCAGCAAUGACACCACAUUGAAGUCUCUUCCACACGAGACUGUGCUCACUCCUCUCCUUCUCGUCGUCACUCCGUUCCAAUGGUUGGCUCUGCACGCAGUUUAUGGUCAGCAGAAGUCAGCCUCUCUGAUUCCGGUCUGCAUCGCGAACGAAGCCGCUGGGAGGGUGGGGAACAUGCCCGCAAUCGCAUGGAAGGGAAUGACUGACGCAGUUGCCUCGUGGGGGUACCUACUGGCGGCACCGGAUACCAUGCGAUGGCUGAUGCGAGGAGUAUCGAGAAGAGCAGGAGAAUGUUGUUGCUGCCUUGUUUAUUUCACAACCCACAUGAGUGGGGGUGACUGGCGUUUCAUCCUGGCCUGCGUCCCUAGCCAUAGCCCACGUCUUCUUUUUCUCUCUGAAUGCGCGUAUUCUGUCCUACGUAGUACCUUUCUUCACCCAAUGAGAAAUCAUGGUACGUUACAGUACGUCGUCAAUAAUUACUAUUUUGAAAAAAAUGCAGAAUUUGCAGCUCCCGAGUCAUAA